GGGCGACUCUCCGGAAGGAACCUCGCGAGAAGCGGACGGAUCUCGCGAUAUCUCCCUCUCCCUACCUGAAUCUGCUGCUUGCUGCUGCUGCUGCAUGUGCCACUCAGGAGGGUGGGAACGGCAGGAGGAGGAACCACCGCCCCCUUCCUCCCCCCAGACCCUGGCUGAGGGUCCCCCCUCGGACUUGUGAUAUGGCAAUGGAUGCACCCGAGUCUGGACUUCUUGAUUGUAAAGGAGACCAAAGGUGCAACGCGAGGCCAGACGCAGACUAUCCUCUCCGAGUUCUCUACUGUGGAGUCUGCUCGUUGCCAACAGAGUAUUGCGAAUACAUGCCGGAUGUGGCAAAAUGUAGGCAAUGGCUAGAGAAAAAUUUUCCAAAUGAGUUUGCAAAACUUACUGUAGAAAAUUCUCCUAAACAAGAAUCUGGUGUUGGAGAAGGACAAGGAACAGUGGGUGAAGAGGAAGAGAAAAAAAAGCAAAAGAGAGGUGGAAGAGGUCAGAUAAAACAGAAGAAGAAGACGGUACCACAAAAAGUUACGAUAGCGAAAAUUCCUAGAGCAAAGAAGAAAUACGUCACACGAGUGUGUGGUCUUGCAACUUUUGAAAUAGACCUUAAGGAAGCACAAAGGUUCUUUGCUCAGAAAUUCUCCUGCGGUGCCUCAGUAACAGGAGAGGAUGAAAUAAUCAUUCAGGGGGACUUUACAGACGACAUCAUUGACGUCAUCCAGGAAAAGUGGCCUGAGGUUGAUGAUGAUAGCAUUGAAGAUCUAGGAGAAGUAAAGAAGUGAUGCUGUUUUUUUAAAAGAAGAAAAACACUGCCUUCUAACAAACACCAAGUUCUAGUCAACGUAGCCAAAGCAAGGCUUCUACGUGUGUUCGCCUGACAGCAGAACUGUUAAAGGGGCACCCUUAUUACUGUUGGCAUUUUCACUGUUCUGUAUUGGCUGCUUAUUUUCUGUUUGUGAUUUUUGCCAAAGUUUAAACCUGGGGGAAGUGAGACACUCAUGCCUCCGCAUGAAGUAGAGACUUAAAUAAAGAAGUUAUUGUUCCUCACCAA